AUGUCAUACCUUGUAAACAAAACCUCUGAGGAAGCUGUAGCCAAGGACGGCUGGUGUCCAGAUCCAGUUUCCAGAGACUGCGUAGACAAGAUAUUCUUUUGCUUCUUUUCUGCUAUCGCCUCACAAUUAAAUAUCAUCCGCAAACAUCAUCAUUCACGGGACAUUUUCCAUGAGUCAUUUCGUCAAUCUGAAGCAAUAUCAUUCGUAUUACCAGGUGAAUUUAAUGAACGGCUUCGCCGAUUGUGUGAAAAUGGUAAGAUUCCAGUGUACCGACAGCGAGUAGCUAUUGUUGGACCUUACGGUGUGGGAAAGACUCAUCUCGCCAAGCGCCUCAUCCAUGAGGAAUAUAUCAAAGCAGAAGAUGCAAAUACAACUGGCGUGAAUAUAUACCGUCAUAGGUGUGUUGUCCAUAAAGCUGGCCGAUCCUGUUGGAUAAGAGGAAAAGAUGAUCCAAAAGACCAGUUUGCACAAAAUAUGGCAAUUGGAGUACAGAAUUCAGAUACGUUUUGUGAGCCGGACUUAACAGUAUUGGACCAAACGCCACUAGAGGAAUCCCUACCAGAUACAGAAGAGAAUAUUAAUAACGUGCUGACAAAUAGAGCCGCUCCCCCUGAUGACAGUGAAUCACCUGCCUCUCCUGACAAAGCAGCAGGUAAGUAGUUCACAUGUAGUAAAA